GAUUAGUUAGUUAGUUUGGUUGAAGUGAAAAAAAAGGUCAUCUGAUCUUAGAAUCGGAUGGGAAACUAGUUUAAUUGGGUCAAAAUCACUUGUUGGUAGGGAUAAAAGAAUGAGUUAUACAUUAGAGAUUUGAGGAAGUUUAGUCAUGUUUUGCUUGGAAAAUGGAGUUGUAAGUUAUUUCAGAGAAAAUGGUGGUGAAAAUGACAUUUGAGUGAUAUUUUUAGUGAGCGGGAAAAAUAGGUGAGUGAGUGAAAUUUGAACGGGAAUAUAAUAAUAGUAAUAAGUGAAGAGAAGCGAGGGAGUUAGUGAGUGUGUGUGAAAUUUGAAAGAGAGAGAGAGAGAUAGAGAGAGUGAGAAAGAUGGGAAAGGAGAAAAAUAGGUUUCUUCUGAAAACGGAACCGUCGGAAUGGUCGUGGGAAGAUCAAGCAGCCAACGGAGGUUUAUCCAACUGGGAUGGUGUCAACAACAAGCAAGCUCAGAAAUACCUCAAGUCUAUGUCACUCCACGAUCUCUGCUUCUUCUAUCACUCCGGCCCCAAGGCCCGUCGUGUCGUGGGCGUUGUUUCCGUCGUCCGGGAGUGGUACGAAGACGGACACGGCGGUGGAGCGGUCGACGUGAAGGCGGUCGGGGAGAUGAGGAGGCCGGUGGACUUGAAAGAGAUGAAGCAUUUCAAGGAAUUCGCUCUGUUGAGGCAGCCUAGGCUUUCAGUUGUCCCUGUUCCCGACCACAUUUGGGACCAAAUCUGUGCUUUGGGUGGCGGCUAUCAUGGAGAUGGAGAUGGAGAUGGAGAUGGAGAUGGUGAUGCUGAUGCUGAUGCUGACGGUGACGGUGAUGACCAUGACCACGAAUCGCACCUUGUCAGUUAGCGUAUUCGGGCCACUGUCUCAUAUUUGGCAUUUCUUGCACUCUCGAUUAUAUGAGCCAUGUUUGUGUGUUAUCUAGUUAGGAUAUAUUUGCAUGAAGAAAACAAGAGGUACACAAAAAAUAUUGGCAGUACACCAAAAAAUCUCUUGCUGCUAGAAGUCAAGGUUUGUAAGCAAACUUUUGGAAGAUUAUUUUUUAUUUUAUUUUUGGAAGAUUAUUUUUUAUUUUAUUUUUGGAAGUUUUAUUCAUAAAAAUAAAAAAAACUUACAACUCCUAAAGUUGUUGUUCGAUCUAAUUUUUUGGUGAGCUCAGGAUAUUCACCGCCAACAGUAAUGACCUAUUUUUUAUUGCGGGUGUUCGCAUUAAGUGGUAAAUAUCUAGCCACUAUAUGGAGUAUAUGCGCUUUAAUCCCAUGGACCAUGAGCAAAUCCCCAACCUUAUAGUUAAGAGAUAGAGUGUGCUAACUACUUUGUCGGAUUCUAAACUUGUAAUUUGUGAAUUUUAUAAUGUGAGUUCUCACAAGUCACAACAUAUGCCAAUUCUUCGAGCUUCAAAUUGAUCAACUCUUACAUGAAAAAACAAAACAAGUUAAAAAUAAAAUUAUUUAUAAACCUUCAUUUAGUAUUUUGGAAGAGUUGAUUCUUUACGCUUGCUGAGGGGUAAAGCAAAAAACUUAGAUACAUCACAAACAAUUGAUAAAAUGGUCAAGAAAGCAAGUAUAGUUGUGUAGCUAUAUAUGGUGUCCAGCUAAUUGAUGUGGACAAUGUCAAAAUGGCCAUGGAUGAUAAUUAAGAAGCCCCAUGUCUCCAUGAGCUGGAUACAUGCAUGCAUGUUUUACUUACAUAAGCUAGCUAGGGAGAAUGAAAAAGCAACAUACAUUUCUUUCCUAUUAUAUAUUAUGCCUUCCAUUGGGAAAUUUAAUUCAUCAAAAGGACAUGUUUCAUUUGCCUCAGUCUCACCUCAACAUAUUAGAUUUGUUUGCACUGCCCAUAAAGUCAUAAAUAAUUACCGAUACUAGGAAAAACUGCACAUGCAUGCGACAAAUAAUCAAUGAAGAUAAAUAGGAAAUGUGCAUAUAUAGGUGAUGUAAUAAAGGUAAUUAGUGUGAUAAAUAAAUAAAAAAGAAAUACGCCUUAAGUUUAAAAAAUGAGAGAAAUACGCCUUAAGUUUAAAAAAUGAUCGAUAUUCAAUUCAAGUACGCCUUAAUUAAGUUAAGACUAGUGUUAAUUGAACAUCAACACGUGCAUAACACCUUUUAAGAUAAGAAUAGGAAUGCUCACGUAUUAUUGCAUAAAAAUGACAUUUUCGGGAUAGUCCUAAUUUAUUGACAAGUCCGUCCUCAGUAAACAUUUUGUUCAAAAUUGACACAAUAUCAUAUAUGUUCAACAUUUUGUUUUAGUAGUUAUAUAUAAAAAUGUCUUUAAUGAGUAUUUGAUUUUAAAAAAAACUAACCUAUUUCAAAAAAAAAAAAACUAACCUGAUAGUAUAUAUACAACCCCGUAAAUCCUUGUGACCUGACCUGUAUAGAAUACUAGUUUGUUACAAAAUAUAAAAGAGGAUGGAAUUUGAGAUUUUUGAAGGUGUAGAAAUGCGUGUGCACGUGCAGACAUGUGUUUUAAUAUGUGGAAGCCCGCAAAUGAAUAUUAUGCACACGUGCUCGCCCACAUGGUUAAUUGUGUGAAUCCUAUUCUAGUAGACUAGAGUGAGUAAAUUCAUUCUUGAAAAGCAGAGAAAACUGAAGAGAAUUGUGAAUGAAUGUGAUCGCAUGUGGAUUCAUCAAAUCCAGUCAACCAUGCACCCUCCCCCAUAACAAUUCAAUUUUUACUGACACUCUCCAUUGGAUGCAUUAGUGAGACUCAUA